GGCGSUCGUUGGAUGCAGUUUACGGAAACCAUCACUAAGACGUCAUUAAUACUAUAGAUUGAACUGUGCUGUGCUAAUGGAGAGGAMGAGCUCAGGCCAAGUCAAUUGGACUGAUAUGUCGUCAAAAGAUUUGGAAAAGAAAGACGCGGGUCCUAAAUACUCUCGCUUUUCAGAAUCUAUUCGCCAUGCAGCGCCCGGUGCUUUACAAUGUUCGAUGUUUUGUGGCGGCAAACAGUGUAAAUACGAAAAUCCUGCCAAAUUUAAGAGUAAAGAAAUGGCAAUUGAAGGACUUUAUUCAUCUUGGGUUACGGACGACAUUCUAGCGACAGCACGACCCUCGAGUGAAAUAAUCCGACAAUACAAAAUUAUGGAUCAAUUUAGUCAAAAUGGUAUCAAAUCAAUCAUAAAUCUUCAACAUCCUGAGGAGCAUGCAAGCUGUGGUUACGGUCUUCAAGAAAGUGGAUUUUCCUAUGUGCCGGAGGAAUUCAUGCAAGCAGAAAUUUUUUAUUACAAUUUUGGGUGGAAUGAUUAUGGUGUUCGCUCAUUAGAAUCAAUAUUAGAUAUGGUUAAGGUCAUGUCAUUUGCCCUUCAAGUAGGCAAGGCUGCUGUUCAUUGUCAUGCUGGUYUAGGGAGGACAGGUGUUCUUAUAUCAUGCUAUCUUGUGUAUUCAAGGCGACUCGAAGCUGAAGAAGCAAUCCAUCUAAUGCGCAAAAAUAGACCAAAAGCCGUCCAAACUAGAGGCCAAAUCGAAUGUGUUAAAAACUUYUGGAAUUUCUUACAACAUCUUUGGAUUGUCUUUCCUUCAUGCCAUCCAGAUUUGAAAAGAUUUACCCUCCAACACUACCUUACAAGGCAAAAGCAUCUACUACAUGGUAUGGAAGCAAGAGAACUCAAACAUUUACCCAAGAUUGUUUGUGUAACAUGUUCAAGACUACUAGAGCUGGCUAACGUUAAACCAGAAGACUCCACAAUGAAGUGGACUUUAUCUGUUGAUGCUAAAAGAAAAUUCUCAGAACCUGAUGAACCUGAACAACCCGAACCUGAAUAUCCAAUUGCUGAGGCAGCAAGUCAGGAAGUUGAGGARCCUAACCUCAAGCACAACCCAUAUGUGGAGGUUGAAUUAGUUCGUAAUGAUACCCUGAAGGCUUUGAAUCGUUCUAAUAGCAUUGAUGAUGUCAUUGACACAGACUCUCGYCUCGUUGACCCUAUUGGUCUACGCAUGCCUGUUUUGUAUGAACGRUCACGGGCACGCUCAGAACCUGAUAUACACCACAAUACUCCUCUUGUUGCGGAAACUCUUCACCAGUCUCCUAAGGCUAGUGGCAGUAUUCAUGCUAUCCGUCUAAAACCUUUAAAUGUUGUGAAUAAAUCAAAAGAAAUAAAGUUUGUUGCCGACGAGGCUAAUGUCGAAGACGCAGUAAAAGUUGAUGCUAUUUCUGACAAGAAAAGAACUCCACCCUCAGUUUCUCAAGAGGACAGGAACUUAAUUGCAAGGGCAUUGGGCACCAGUGCCUGUGUUGAUCCAGGAAUUCAAAAUCGAACAGAUAAACUAAAGCGUAAGUUGAACAGCACAGAUGCAGGCUGGGAAGAAUUGAAAAUGGAGAGUGAUCCCUGGGUACUGUCAAGGUUACUCUGGACUUGGUUAGAAGAUCUAGAGGAACCGGUGCUAAGUGAUGCAGAUAUCGAUUGUUUGAGUUCAGAGCAGGAUCCAAUUGCUGCUGUAAAGAAGCUGAAGAAGGGCGAAAAAAGUACUCUUGAGUGUCUUAUGAUGACAGUUUGUGAGUUGGAACCUUUGCCUGAACAACUCGAGGAACGAGUGUUGCGUCGYCUCUCCAUGGUUCUAACACAUAAUAGGCAGUUACCACUGACUUCUCCAAGGGCUUCUCUUGAUAGAAUGUUGUCAACUUCUUCCACGGGGGAUCCAGAUGACGACCAAARCRCUCCUAAGGGGGAUGUGGACGAUUCUGCGUUUGACGACAACGAACAUUAUACAACUGUGUCAACAUCUCCCUCUUAUCGSCUUCUCUUGUUUCUUCGAAUUCUUUUACGGACAAUCAAAGGUCAAGAAAUAACAGAAAAAACAUGAAUAUUUUAGGUAUAACUUUCUUAUCUUGACCUUAUGUGCCUUUGUACGUGAUCUGUGGAAUGGAUGAGAAUGCAUUUUCUCGUCGAGGGGUUGCCAUCUAGUACUCGAUAGUUGUGGUUGUCUAGUCUGCACCUUUCUACAUCUUGGUACAGUUGAUAGCGGUCGUUUGCGGCCUUUUUGUUGUGGCUAGGAAGUCACGUGGAGUUGCUAUCGGUCUAUUACUCGAUAGCUGUGGGUAUCCUACUUAACGAUCGACUGAAAAGCGUUCGUUUGUGGUCGUUGUAUCGAGGUUGACAAGACGCGAAAUCAUAUUGGUUAUAGUUAUAAACUAUAGAGUAUUUGGGUGUACACAAGUUAUUGUAAAUGUGAUAUGUGUAGGCGGAAUUAUGUGCAUUACGACCGACUUAAAAGUGAUCGUUUGUGGUCGUUGUAUCGAGGUUGACAAGUCACAUGAAGGGAUAGUUUUGUAUUGGGCUGUACAUAGUUGUAAAAGGGAUGUUCUGUGCAGGCGGAAUUAUGAGCGCAUCGAUAGCGGUCGUUUGUGGUCGUUGUAUGGUGGUAGACAAGUCACGUGAUAUGAAUAGUUAUGAACUCUAUUUGGCUGUAGAUUAGUAAAUAUUGUAAAUAUAAGGCGUUUCUUGUAGAUCAAAUUAUUUAAAAUAUUUAAUAAUCUAUUUCAAUAUGUACAUAUAUAAUUUAUUUUCCCGCAAAUCGCUUGAUUUAAUUCUGAUAAGGAWUUGUUAGAAGUAAACUAAAAGAAAUGUGAAAUAACUUAAAACGGUCGGUGUGCGUGCUUCACGCGGCAAAACUUGACAAAUAAAGGAUUUUCUGAAAUAGCGAAACCAGUAAAAAUCAAGCGCUGUGGAAACUCMUUUAUUCUGGGCACCUUGUUUAACGGAAGGCUUGAUAAAYUCCGCUCCRAAGAAUAACUGAAUGCUACCCAUUUGCAGCGGGUGUUCGCUAAUGGAGACACUUAUUGGGUCACGAAGGUUUCGGUUAUGAUUAAGGACAGUUAAACUGUUAGCCUAGGCACAUGUAUAAUCUUUUCCUAAAAAAACCGCUCUUUGAACAUGGUGUCRUGCUUUCCCUAAAAAAAACCCUGCCUUUGGCAAACAAAACCCGUCAUAGUAAACAAACAGGAUAACUUGUCAUAUAAAUAAUUGGAAUUCAAUUGGGUAUAUCAGGACAGGGAAGUCUUAUAAUCCCCUCUUAUUUUAAUUGACAUGUUUUAGACAAUUUUGGUGGUCUGGUUUUUCUGUGGUUUUAAAAUGCCAAACUAGUAUCGUCGUAAACCCUUAUUAAGGAUAAUUAUUUUCUAUUUUUGUCAUGYUGCUGGUUAGCGUCAUAGAUUGUAAGCACAAUUAAACAAACGUCGCUCAUUUUUAAUUCAUAUUGAAAAUGAUUGGUUUAAAAGAAUGGGAAAUGCAACGAAUGAAAGAGCUGUAAUGACUUYGAGAUAGCAGUCUUUUACUUUUAACUAAUGGAGUUAUAUAAUGAAACCGUUAAUGUUUCUAUGGACCUUUGUCAGGGGACUUUUGUUAUAAGAUAAAUUGAUKUAGAAAUCAGACUUUGAUCUUUGGAAAUCAAAUGCGGUUUUAUGGAAUCCCAAGGUUAGAAAACCCCGGAAAUGGCGAGCAGUACAAUCAUGACCUUUCUUAAUGUUCACCCCUCGURGAGAAAACCACUUCUUCGUAUUGUGUAGUCUUUGUAAGCUAAAAAAUUGAAGAAGYCACUGCGUUUUUAUAAUAUGAUUUGCUGAUUCGAUAAAGUU